AAUGAAGUUAUAAUAGAUUACCGUAUAUCGUGGAGAAUGACAUAUAGUACGAGCUUCAACUGCAAUGACUACACGAUACAAGAAGGAACAAGAAUCGGCGGAGAGGGGACAAUCGCUUGCUUUGACAACUGUAUCGGUUCUCUCGGGUAUUUGUACUAUCAGUGCACAGAUUACAGUACAAACGAGGACUGGUCAUCAGGGAAAGGACGAAUAACAGCUACCUUAACUCGCUCCUACUACUCCUAUUCAUCAGUGUUUGAGUUCGGAUUCCAAGGUUCAGCCUGGAUAAACACUCUCGAGGUUGGUAGUGGUGGAUCAUGGAUCCUAAGAGCCAGGGCUGAUUUGACAUAUAGAUCGGAUAUAGGGCGGAUAAAUUCAUCUCCGAGAGCGGAAGUGUCUCCUAUAGUUCGACUGCAACGCGGCUGUAACCAUACAGUCAUUAUUCCUG